GAAAAACAAAGACAAUCUCUCUUACUCUCGCUGCACAACCUAAGUCGAAACCCAAACCCAUUCAUCAACAAUGGAAGAAGUUGAGAAAAUGGAGGCUUUAAAGAAAGCUUAUGCAGAUAUAAUUCUGAACACAGCAAAAGAGGCGGCUACUAGAAUUAUGAUUGCAGAAAGAAAAGCUAUCGGUUUUCAACAACAAGUUUUUAGUGCUAAAGAUGAAGCACUUAAUAUGCUUCUUAGACUCAAACAAAUGUCUGAUUCUAAGGUUGCUCAAAUUGAAACUGAAUCCGUGAAUCAAAGAAAAAGGAUCAAAGAGCUGGAAGCUCAGUUAAAUGAAGCAAAGGCUGUUGAAAGAGACCUAAGAGUAGAGUUGAAAGGAGCACAGGUUGCAUUGGAGGAGGUAAAGAACAAAUCGAUGCAGCCUGCUAGUGAGUUACCAGUAUCUCCUGGCACUAGUAAUGCAGUUAUGAAUCUGGAAAAUACAGGUGAUAACUGUUGUUCCAUUCGUGAAGAUUCUACGGAACCAACUGCACAAGUCACGAGAGAUUUGGAACUAUUCGAUGACAACACUGAUUUAGCCUCUUUAAUAAUGAGAAGCAAAAAGCCUGAACUGUACAAAAAUGGUUGUACUCAAAGAAUUCGUGCAUUUGAACGGAAGUUAAAAAAGAGAAAUGUGUCUACUCCAGGGCUAGCAGAUCCUCAGUUUACAGAUCCUAUUAAAGAGGAUGGUGCUGUUGAUGGAAACUGUGGUGUAGCCACGCCUAUGAAUGAAAACAUGGGUUUCAACGAGAAGAAGCUUACUAAAUCCAAUGGUCAAGUGAAUAAUUUUUUACGAAGAUCGUGUAGAAAAAGAAGAUCUAAGUACAGUGUUAUCGAAGUUAUUUCCAAUAAAUAUAAGAAAUCUAGGGAAGCAUCAUCUAAAAUUGCUCGUUGCUCAAAUCCCAAUGGUAUGGUUGAAUUGGGUAAAGGGUUACCAAAGAUGAUUGGCGAAAGGGGAAAAAGAAAGUCCAAGUCACCCUUGUUUGCCGUAUCCUCCUUAACUUCAACCAGCAUUAUUUCAUCCUCAGAAUGUGAAGAUGGCACUGAGAAUAAGCCGUGUGAAGUUCUGGUUGCUGUCAAAGACAGGGAGUUGACAGAUGCAUCACUGGUUAGUUACAAUGUAGUUGAAGAGAGCUCCAGGGUUUCAGAUUGUGAACAACCUAUGGAAGUUGGUGUCUCGUUGAUGGAUUCUAAUUUCAAUGAUGCUAAAAAAUGUGAAUUGACUAAAAGUACAGAUGAUAAGUUACUCAAAUAUACGUUUACGCGUAAGCGAAAGAAGGAAUCCUUGACUAGCCCUGACAAAGGGGCAUCAUCUGUUGAAAUGAAGAACACUACAAAAAGAAGGUCUGGGGAGAAUCAAAACAGUGAUCCAGAACCUCAAAAACCGCUCAAUGACUCUUCUCGGGAUAGUCGACGACUGGCCCAAGUUGCUCGUCAGCUCAUUUCUUUGUCUGAGAAGAGAUGGUGAUUAUAGUCUUUAGAACUGGCUGUUUCGAAAACCAAAUAGAAGAAAGCUUCGUGAAAGCUGCGAAUGAGAAACAACCCCCAUUGCAGGAUUUGGUAUCACAAGGAUGCCUCUUUUUAUAAGAAUGGUCGACGCUUGUAAAAUCAAGUCUGUCAUAUUCAAGUAAUAAUGUAAGCAUAUACUAUGCAAUAAGCUGCGGUGGACUCAUUCUUUAUUCUGUAACUUGACUCUUUAUAGUUAUCUCAUAUCCCUUCUGUUUGUCUUGAGUUACUGUUGUAUCUUAUGAUAGAUUGGAGAUGAAGCAUUGGCAUUAAUCGUCAUCGUGUUGUUACCACGUGGACAAUUGUAAAAAGUUAAAGUAUCUGAAUAUCAUUAUGACUCUUAGCAGAGUCCACUGAA